AUGUUGGAAGAUGAACCUACUGCCCAGUCUGAGCUUCUGAAUGAUCUGGACUGGGUUUUCAUUAAGACACUCUCAAUAUUUUGGUGCAUUCACCGUUUCUUCUACUUUGAAGAGUCUGAAAAACAUCCCCAAAGUGACAGUGAUGCAGUGCAGAACAUCACGGCUGUUUUGGGACACAGCGUUACAUUCAGAUGUCCUUUGAACCAAAGCACUCCUGUAGAACCCUUGUACAUACUGAGAGUUAAAAAUGAUAAAGUAGAAGACUUCAUUAAUGGGUUUUAUAGAGGCCGACGCAUUGAUGUGUUGCCUGAGUACAAGGACAGAACCAAAGUGAAUCAAAUGGAUUUCAGCGUGGAGAUGAGAAAAAUCUCUGUCUCUGAUGAAGGAUUGUAUAAAUGUGUUGUUUUCAUCAAAAACAAACCUGAAGUCUCAAAUAUUCUACUCAAAGUCACAGCCAAGUACAGCAUUCCCACAAUCAUGACCGACUGCCGUGAGCUUGAACUUGAACUUGAACGUGACGGUGCCAGCGCAGGAAUGAGCUGUCAGUUGAACUGCUCGGCAGCGGGCGGAUACCCACAAAGCUUUGUCACAUGGGCCGGGCUUAAUCCAAGCCUGACGAGCAUAGUUUACAACGGUAGUUCAGCAGAUAACGAGUCCAAAACUUGGACCAUCAACCAAACCAUUGUGUAUGACUGUUACCAGCCCACUAAUAUCAGCUGUGCUGUAGGGGGCGCUGUUUCAGACACCAUCACCAUAUGUGAAUACAUAACUGAAUCUCAGUUUUGCAUACAAUGACGAUUUAUACAGGCCACAUCUCCAAAAAGCAUAAAAAAGUAGUCUGUAUUCCAGUGAUUCUCAACCUGUCAUCCAGGUCCCUUACUGCCCCUCAUUUCAUCUAAUUGUUUAUCUAAGUUGAUUGUUAUUUUGUUUUUAUAAUGAAGACUAUUAGCAUAUAUAUUUCUUCAUGAUUUUGUGAGAAUAUGGUUUGCUUUCAAAUACUUCAACGAACGUACUUCAAACAUAUGUCCCUCAUUGCCAAAAUAGACCAAUUUUAGUAUACUGUCCUGACUUUUAUCUUUGUUAUAGUCCAUUAAAUAUCAAAUCUUGCUUUUUCUGCAUGCCAGUGUAUGCCUUAUGAUGUUAUGUUCCCUGUCUUGCAUUUUAAACAUGCAAUAAAAAUGCAAAAUGUGCCAAUUUUAAAUAAUUUAAAAUAAUUCACAUUGAAAAAUGGAAACAC